AUGGCGCCGUCAUCUGCACAGUCGGCCACGCCUUGCGCUGGUGCGUCUAAGGAACCCGUUGACUUGGGAGAUGGCCGCAGUUAUGGCCAUCCUGACCUGGUGAAGAGAUGGCUAGACGACAUGCGAGAGUGGCCUCCAGUGAGAGCCCCGGAUAUCAUUUUUUAUCUAUUGAAUUCCAAGGCAUGCGACCUGCAGGCUGUAAAGAGUUACAGAUCACUGGAGUCGUACAACUAUUUCCAGAGUGGAUGGGUUGGAAAACUGUUCGUCCACUGCAUUGACCUGGAGCUCAGCUAUGUGAAAGGGGAAGUGUCUCCAUCGCAAGCUCUCAGUGGCACUCCCCGUACUGCAUGGGUUUGUGCAAAAAAAAGUGGGGAGGUAAUCACAGCUGGCUGCACAUGUAUGGCUGGCCGUGGUAAAGUCUGCAGCCACGUUGGAGCCAUUUUAUGGAAAAUUGAUAUGGCAGUUUGUCAAGGGUUGACAACCAAGACGUGCACUGACCAAACAGCAGCCUGGAACUCGGGCACAAAGCGAAAUGUUCAGCCUGCUGUGCUUGAAGAUAUAGACUUUCAUCUGGAGCAAGGCACUGUAGAUCCUCAGCCUGCGGGGUGUUCAAGGCCAACGUUCGUGCCACCAACAGAAGAAGACAUACGAAAGCUGCACGAAGAGUCGCCAUUUCCUGACCUUUUCACCAUUCCUGGUACACUCCUGUACGAAAUACUAAAUGCGCCUCCACGGCAACAGCAUCUUGCAGCGGAUAUUCUUGUGGACAACACGCAUGGUGACCACACAGGGGACAAUGCUCCGAAUGGUUGUGCAUUGUGCUGUGCGUUUUAUGAUAAGUAUGUAGCCUUAUCUACAGCAGCUGCUGCUACUCUCAGCUUGAAGACUGCUAACCAGUCUUCUGAGCUGUGGAUGGUUUCUCGCAGACUGCGACUCACUGCGUCAAAUGUAGCCAAAGUGCCAAAAAAGGAAACAACCGCAGGAAAAAAAGCUGCAACAAGAAUGCUUUGCCCAGUGUUCUCUGGCAAUGCAGCCACAAAACAUGGAAAACAAAUGGAGGCAGUUCCCCACGCUCAAUUCUCGAAAAAAAACAGGUUAUUUAGUUAGAGAAGUCGGUACGUCAGUACAC